UGUAAUUAUAUUGUAUUUUAUAGAAAGUGGGAAAAUGGGGAGAGGGAGGGCUGGAACUAGGAGAUGGUGAUUAAAAUUUAAUUCAGACAGAGAAGGUAUGGAGGAGAACAAGAUAUUUGUAGCAGUUGGGAAAGAGAUUGAAGAAAGAAAAUCAACUCUGAAAUGGGCUUUGAAGAAAUCAAAAGGAGAGACUGUUUGUGUUAUUUAUGUUCAUGUUCCUGCUCAAAUUAUCCACCUUCCAAAUGGUUUCAAAGCUCCUAUAAGUUCAGUCCAUGAAGUAGAAGUCAAAGCUUUUCAAGAAUGGGAACGAAAAGAGGUUUAUAAAAUCCUAGAUGAUUGUCUUCAAAUGUGUGCCAAAUAUCAGGUCCGUGCUGAUAAAAUCUAUGUCGAAAGAGAAUCCAUAACGGACGGAAUUUUGGAAGUCAUAUCUCAGCUGGGGAUACAGAAAUUGGUAAUGGGUGGAGCAGCUAACAAUAAAUAUUCAAGGAGAAUGACAAAACCCACAUCAAAAAAGGCUAAUUAUGUGCUCAAAUGUGCUCCUGAUUUCUGUCAUAUCUCGUUCAUAUGCAAGAAUCAACUAAUCUGUAUGAGGGAAGGCAUGAAGCAACUGAACCAACAUAUUGAAGAAAACCAGUUGAACAGACUCAGUUACUCAGAAUCAUCAGUCUAUUCAGAGUCAGCUGAACCAAGUGGUAGCUCAUCACCAAUGACUGAAAGCAUUUGUCUUGAAUUAUCACCUGCUAGUACACAGCAGCAAAAUCAAGAUCUGUAUGAACAACUUCAGCAAGCCUUGCAAGAGGCUGAAAUAUCAAAACGAGAAGCUUUGGCAGAAUUAGAGAGACGACAGAAAGCUGAGCUGAAAGCAGCUGAAGAAGAGCUAGCUCAAGUGACAAAGGAACUUAAAGGUACAACGUUUGAGCUACACGAGUUAUCACAGACGAUUUGGAAAGCAGCUGAUAACAUUUCAUCAUGUAGAAAUAUUGAGGAAAGCAUAUUAAAGAAGGGUCCUGAAGCAGAAAUGGUCUUUAUGGAGAAGUUGCCGAAGCACCAGAUGGAGUCUUAUGAAUUGCAAAUGGAGUGCGAUAAUGUUGUUGAAUUAACUCGAGAGUUGAGGAAACAAAUUGCACAGGAGUCGUCAAGCUCACACGUUCCUGACUUCUUCUGUGAGUUCACCCUGUUGGAUCUCAAGAAAGCUACUAAGUGCUUUGAUCCAUCAUUGAGAAUUGGGAACGGAGACUAUGGCAGUGUAUAUAAAGGUUUCCUAUAUAAUACUGAAGUGGCAAUAAAGAGAUGCAACCCUAAUAGCUUGCAGGGUGUUGUGGAGUUCAAACAAGAGGUUGAUGUUUUAAGCAAGCUGCGUCAUCCAAACCUGGUGAAUCUCAUUGGUGCCUGCACAGAUUCCUUCGGUCUCAUUUACGAAUAUCUUCCCAAUGGAAAUCUCGAAGACCGACUUAGUUGCAAGGACAACAGUCCACCAAUACCUUGGCAAACAAGAAUUCGUAUAGUCACCGAAUUAUGCUCAGUCCUGAACUUCCUCCAUUCCAUCCAACCUUAUAGCAUUAUACAUGGUGAUUUAAGACCUAAAAAUGUGCUUCUUGAUGCCAAUAUUAGCUGCAAGCUCAGUGGAUUUGGUCUCUGUCAUAUAAUCUCGAACAACAGGCAGACUGUUAUAAUUGAGCCAAAGUGCAGUUCCUCUUACAUGGACCCUGAGUUUCUUUCAACAAAACAUCUUUCCCAUAAAUCUGAUGUUUACUCUUAUGGUAUCAUAUUGUUGCGCUUAUUAACUGGAAAACCUCCCAUGAAAAUAGUGGAGGAAGUUCAGCAUGCUCUAGAGAAUGAUCAUCUCCAUAGCAUAUUGGAUCCUUCUGCUGGUGACUGGCCGGUUGUACGAGCAAAGCAGCUGGCUUACAUGGCUUUGAAGUGCUGUGAUGUCGAAGGAAGAAACCGACCAGACCUUGGUUCAGAGGUAUGGAGUGUGCUUAAACCAGUGAUGAAUCCAAGUGUACGCUCGUCUAGCCCUCUUCAGCUUAUCAGUGAAGACCAAGUACCAUCCUAUUUCAUUUGUCCCAUUUUUCAGGAAAUAAUGUCGGAUCCACAUUUUGCUGCGGAUGGCUUUACAUAUGAAGCAGAUGCUCUCAGAGGCUGGUUUGAGGGUGGCCAUGAUACUUCACCAAUGACUAAUCUUAAAAUCGAUAACCAUAUCCUUACUCCUAAUCGUGCUCUGCGUUCUGCAAUUAAAGAAUGGCUGGAACAGCAACAGCAUCUGUAGUUCAUCUCAUUCAUCUCUAUCCCCAUACUAUAUGGAAGCUGCACAUCUGAUGUGUUUUCUGCAACUUGUGAAUGGAUCAAGUUUAUUUAGAAAAUUGUUCGGUGAUGAACAAGGGAGAGGAAGAGGGUGGCGCCGCAACAAGUAUAAUUACCAAAAUGUUCCACUCUCUCUUGUUCAUCACCAAACAAUUCUUUAGGUGGACUUUCUCGAGUGAAUUCCCCUACGCCAUUUUCUCCCUUUUCUCUUUGGCAUUGCUUGAUUUAUUGUAUAGUAAUUGAUGUAAUAUAUGUAUAUUUUAGCUAAAAAUUGUUUUGUACAGUGUAUAUGGAAGACCUUUUAAACUUGAUUU